CAGUGAAAUUAGAGUAACAAGCAGUCUCCUUUUUGUCCUGUUCUCUCUCUCUCUGAUUUAUUUUAUACAGAGUGACAUUCCCCAAUUUUGUCUCUAAUCUAGGGGUCCCCUCGUUCUUUCAAUGAACUUAGAUUUCUGGGUUCGUAUCAAAAUUGCAUCUGAAGCUCUACCCAGAUCAAACCAAGCCUUUCCAGGAGGUUUUUGGAGCAUUUCUGAGAUGGGUCUUUCAGCUCAUCUCUGAUUGAUUGAGAAGUGUGCACCAACUGUUUGUGGAUAAACCUGAGAGAGGAAUAGAAUUGGGGAAUCUAUAGCUCUUUCUUUUUUGUGUCAGUAUGAGGGAUUUUCCUUCUUGUUUUGGUGAAAAUGGGGUUCAAGUUGCUGAUUUCUCAUCAUCAAAUAGUAGCAACAAAACUGCUCAGAAUUUGGUUUCUUGUGUCUAUCAAUGUCGAAUCCGUGGACGUUCUUGCUCGAUUACUGUUUCGUGGAGUAAGAAUUUGAUGGGUCAAGGCCUUAGUGUUGGAAUUGAUGAUAACACCAGUCAAUGCCUCUGCAAAGUUGAUGUAAAACCCUGGUUGUUCUCGAAGAAGAAAGGAUCAAAAACUUUGGAAGCAAAUUAUAGUAAAAUUGAUAUCUAUUGGGACCUUUCCUCGGCUAAAUUUGGAUCUGGGCCUGAGCCGUCAGAGGGAUUCUACGUGGGAGUAGUCUCCAAUCGACAAAUGAUUCUCCUUCUUGGGGACAUGAGAAAAGAAGCUUUCAAGAAAACCGGUGCAACCCUUGUUCCCUCCAAUGCUGUUUUCAUUGGCAAGAGAGAGCACAUCUUUGGUAAGAAGAUAUUCGGUACGAAGGCUCAAUUUUGCGAUAAUGGCCAACUCCAUGACCUCAGGAUUGAAUGCGACACCAGUAAUGCCAAUGACCCGUGCCUCACGAUCCGCAUAGACAGUAAGACUGUGAUGCAGGUGAAGCGGCUCCAGUGGAAGUUCCGGGGUAACGAUUCCAUCUUGGUUGAUGGCCUUGCAGUAGAAGUAUUUUGGGAUGUUCAUAACUGGCUCUUUGGUACGUCACUUGGAAAUGCUGUUUUUAUGUUCAAGACCAGCCUUUCAGAAGAGAAGUUGUGGGCCAGCCAACCCCUCUCAAAUCCACAUACAUUGCCUUGGUCUUGGUCGCACAGAUUCGAAGAUUCUCAAUCACAAUGUUUCUCGCUUAUUUUGUAUGCUUGGAAAAAUGAAUAGAGAACUCAUGGAUUCUUCAUUAAGUGCUAACAAUACUUUUUAGAGCUCAAGUUAUUCAGCUGAUGGAAAGCAUAAUGACAUUGAGGUACAUGCUCAUCAUUCACAAAGGGUGUCCAGUACCAGAUACUCCUUGGGAUGGACUAUGUUGCAUGCAUACCAAAUUCUCAAUAAGUAAAGAACCCAUUUUAAGCAUGUAAAAUCUAUGUAUUUAAGUAUUAGAUUCUACUUAGUUUUAAUUCCAUACAUAUCUAACUUAUUAGAUGUACUGAGGCCUAUGAAUAGUGACAUGUUUACCAACUUUAAGCCAUUGGCUUAGGCGCAUUUGAUGCCUUUCUACCAUAUCAUCACAAUAUAACUCCAUUCUUACGAACCCUAGA